AAACAGCAAGUGAAAGUAAACUCAGAGGAGACAAGCAACGGUCGUCAAGCUCUGCUCUUCGCUGAUUUUCUGCAAACAUGCCUGAACACCCAGGAAUCCCCCAGCCCCACAGGGAAAGCAUCUCUAAGCACGUAUGGCUCAAAUUAACAGGCCCUGCAGCUGGAUCUCUGACAGAAGCUUUCUGUCAAAGUGUAGCAGGUUUGCAGGAAAACGUGAGCGCUAAAGUGGUUACACCACGAGAAGCACAGAAAGAUGAUGUGACAGUGCCACCAACAAUGAUUGUCAUGGAAGGAAAAGCAGCUGGGGCUCAAAAGUACAUCAAAGUGGAAAAAUUGUACAGGAUUGUCCUGCUGGGAAACACUGAAGCUGGGAAAAGCAGCCUAGCAAACAUCAUUUUUGGAGAAAACGUGUUCAAGGUUGACAACACUGAAUGCCAAACUGAAUCCAAAUCUGUUCAUGGAAGAAGAAUUACCCUGAUCAACACUCCUGAUUUCUCAGACCCAGGUAGAUCAGAGGAGGAGCUGAAGCCUGAAAUACUGAGGUGUAUCACUGAGUGCACUCCAGGGCCUCAUGCUUUUCUUAUUGUGCUCAAAGUGGGGAAAUCCACAGAGCAGCAGCAGCAGGCUGUCAUUGAGAAAAUAAGCCAGUAUUUCUCAGAGGAAGUUUUCAAAUAUGCUGCAGUUGUCUUUACUGAGGAUGGCCCAGACUCAGAUGAAAUGAAGAUCAAAGAGUUCAUAGAUCAGAAUAAAUAUCUGAGAGAUCUGGUGAAGAAGUGCAAGAACCGAUACCACAUCAUUAAUAAAUACAACGGACAGGGUGACAGCAGCCAGUUUAAAGUGGUAGACCUGCUAAACACAGUAGAUCAGGUAGUUAAAGAAAACAAGGGAGUGUGCUACACCAGCAAGAUGUUGCCCCAAGCAGACACCCAUAAUAAGGCUAACAGCAGUGUCUCUAAGAAUGAAAUGAUCAAACUUGCAGGCGCUGCAGCAGAAUCCAUGGCAAAGGCUUUCUCUGGGUCAGCUGUUGUAGUUUUAACUCCAGGAUCAACAAAUGCAAUAGAGAAAGAUGGCACUGAAACAGAUAAAAAAGAAGAAAAUGGAGAUGGAAAAGCUACAUCAGAAACAAAUAACAAUGGACACAAAGAAAUGACAAACGAAGAAGAAGGAGGAGGAGGAGGAGGAAGAAAAAAUCAACAGACACAAGUGACAAAAGAAGAUAACAGACAAAUAACAAAAGAAGAGGACGAAAGAAAAAGUGAAGGGGAAGUAGCAAAGGAAACAAAAGAAGCACAAGAAGGAAAAACAACUGGACAAUCAAAUGAACUAGAACAAGAUGAAGGACCAAAUGAAACACAAGAAGACAAAGAAGAAGAAGCAGGAGAAACAGUGCAAGAGGAAACUCAAGAAAAAAGAGAAGGAAAAGUGGAAGAUAAGCCACAAAAAACAGUACAGGAGCAUGCAACAGAAAAAGAACCAUUAGGAGGUGGAGCAUCUGCAGGCGGUGGAGCAGCUGCAGGAGGUGGUGUAGCUGCUGGAGUAUUAUUAACAGCUGCAAGUGGUAUAGCUGGUGGAGUAUUAUCAGCAGCUGCAAGUGGUAUAGGUGGUGGAGCAUUAUCAGCAGGCGCAAGUGGUAUAGCUGGUGGAGCAUUAUCAGCAGCCGUAGAAAGUGUGGCAGCAGCAACAGGAGCAGGUGCAAGUGCUGGUACAGCAGGGAUGGGAGGUGCAGCAGAAGCAGUAAAAGCAGCAGGAGCAGGUGCAAACGCUGGUACAGCAGGGGCUGGCGGUGCAGCAGAAGCAGUAGAAGCAGCAGGAGCAGGUGCAAAUGCUGGUACAGCAGGGGCUCGAGGUGCAGCAGCAUCUGGAAUUACAGCAGCAGGAUAUGUGGCAGCAUCAGCUGUAGCCACUGGAGGAGCAGUAGGCAUAGCAUGGCUAAUACAAAAAAUAAGAAAUGUGAUAGAGUUGAUAAAACAACAUCUUGGACUGGUAUUACUGGUGCUUGUUUUCUACUCGUUGCUUCUGUCAUGGUUUUUUCUCAAAGCACCAUUUGCUGGGACCCUCCUCUUAUCAUUUUUGUUCCUGUUGCUUGUUAUUAUUCUUGUUAUCAUAUAAUCAUACCAUAAAAGUGGGCUAUGUCCAAUAUCACACAUGAAUCAGAAACACAAAAUCUGUGAUACAACAUGACAGGUUUUAUAAUUCCUUGUUUCAAAAAUGAGAUUUUAUAAAACUGCCCAAAUUAUCCGUUAUUUUCAUGCUGCUCUGUAAUGAGAAUUAUUUUUUUUCUCUCUGUUUUGUCUUUUUUUGUAAACUCAAGAAAUGAUUUCUUUAUUUAAAGAAUUAUGUUUAAUAAAGUAAUAAUCCAUUUAAAAUCAA